AACACUUUGGUUUGGUCAGGGAAAGAUCACGUUUUGGUUUAAAAUACCCACAUUUGGUGACACACAGUGGCUGGAAACGCAGCGACGGAUCACUGAAAGACCACCCCAAGUUUGGAUGUGCAAAAGUGGCAGGAAAUUGGCAACAGAUUGCCAAAAAACACCCACAUUUGUGACGCAAAAGUGUCUGGAAACGCAGCAGUGGGUCGCUUAAAACCACUGACAUUUGGUGGCACAAAAGCCUCUGAAGCAGAGGUGACAGUUGCCAAAAAAAACCUACAUUCGGUGGCCCAUAAGCAUCUGGAAAUGUGAUGAUGGGUCGCAAGAAACCACUGAAGCUUAGUGGCACAAAAGCCACUGAGAAAGUGGCAAUGUUUGGCUGAAACCACCAACGUUUGAUGGCAUAAAAUUGGCUAGAAAUUGGCAACAGGUUGCUAAAACACUCCCACACUUGGCACAAAAGCCACUGAGAAAGUGGCAAUGUUUGGCUAAAAAACACUAACAUUCAGUGGCACAAAAGUGGCUGGAAACGUGGCAAUGGGUCACCUAAAAACACCUACAUUUGGUGGUCCAAAAGCAUCUGGAAAUGUGAUGAUGGGUUACAAAAAACCACUGAAGCUUGGUGGCACAAAAGCCACUGAGAAAGUGUCAAUGGUUGCUUAAAAAACACCAACGUUUGAUGGCACACAAGCAGCUGAACGUUACGAUGGGUCCCUAAAAAACACCCAUGUUUGGUUGCACAAAAGAGUCUGGAAACGCAGCGAUGGGUUGCUUAAAAUCACUGAGAACUGGUGGCACAGAAGCCAACUGUUGCCACUGAAAUAGUGGCAACAGUUGGCUAAAUAACCCCUAUGUUUGGUGGUCCAAAAGUGGCUGGAAACACGGUGAUGGGUCACUAAAAACCACUGAAGCUUAGUGGCACAAAAGCCAAUGAGAAAGCAGCAAUGGUCGGCUAAAAAGCACCAACAUUUGGUGGCACAAAAGUGGCUGGAAACAUGGCAAUGGGUUGCUGAAAACCACUGACUGUUGGUGGCACAAAGGUCACUGAAAAAGCUGCAAUGUUUAGCACAGCAGUCGUUGGACAAGUGGCCACAGGUUGCUGAAAACCAACCGGUGUUGCUGUCUGUCACUGUCACGGUCUUGACAGUAAAACGCCAUCCACCAUCCACCUCCUGGGGACAAAGUCAGCUCAUACUCUACGUCACUGUAGCCAUAUUGAUAUGAUUUGUAUUAAACUGCCCACAGUGCCAAGAUGUUCUUCAGGUGACUGAGUUGACCUCGUCACAACAAACAAGACAGAAUUUUUUGCAUGAUUAUUUUUCGCAGGAUGUUUUGAGCUGACCUACUUUCUUUGCGUUCGUUCGCCCAUACUUCAGAACUAACACAUCUUUUUUUUCUGUUUACUGCUGAGAGCAAAACCACAGAGACAGUGAGCUCAGCCCUGCUCAGGGAGACAAGGGUUUAACCGCUGUGAGAGAGACACGUCUUCAUCACUACAUGGUACCAUGGGACACGCACCUCUUCUGUGGCCGCUCGUCCUGACCUCACUGCUGAUCUGCACAACUACCCAAGCCUCUCUGACUGUGAGUCCCAGCAGCUCUCAGUUCUUCAGCAGGACGUCUGUCUCUCUGAGCUGUGAGGAGGACGACAGCUCUGCUGGAUGGACUCUGAGGAGGAACACAACCAGAGACACAAGAGCUGAGUGUGAUGACUGGGGAAAACCUGCUGGUUCUGUCUGUACCUUACACAUCCUCCCAUGGGACAGUGGAGUUUACUGGUGUGAGUCCAGAGAGGGAGCAACCAGUAAGAGCAUCAACAUCAGUGUCACUGGUGGAUCAGUGAUCCUGCAGAGUCCUGUCCUCCCUGUGAUGGAGGGACAUGAUGUCACUCUGCACUGUAAAACAAAGACGUCCUCCAACCUCCCAGCUGCUUUCUAUAAAGAUGGCUCCUUCAUCAGGACAGAGCCUGCAGGUCACAUGACCAUCCGCCAUGUAACCAGGUCUGAUGAAGGCCUCUACAAGUGUGACAUCACAGGUCAUGGAGAGUCUCCACCCAGCUGGCUCACUGUCACAGGGAAACCUACCAUCACACCUCCUCCAUCGCCAUCCGCUACUGGUUUCUCCUCCUCGUCCUCUUCCUCUCCUCCUCUGUCCUCCUCUCCUGCUGUCUUUGUGUUGCUCUCCCUUCCAUUCUUCUGCGGUGUGGUGCUAGUGGUUGUACUGGCUCUACUGGUGAGACGAUGUGUCCGACGGCAACCUGAAGAGAGUGACCCGGCUCCUGUCCACUCAGCUGUUAGAAGAGCCGUCAGUAAUGAGCCAAACAGGACGAGAGAGGAUCCAGCUGCAGUUUAUUCAGCAGUGAGAAGAACUGAAGACGUCAGUUAUGGACAAAUAGUGAUCAAACCAAACAGGACGAGAGAGCCUCCAGCAGAGCCACAGGUCAUCUACUCUUCCCUGAGGUCCACCAUCACACCUUCACACCAGCCCAACCAGUGACGGCUCACUAACUGGUCUCCUCUGACCUCUGAAUGCACCGUGUUUAUCUGUUCAGUGCCACCUUCUGUGUGUCUACAGAUAGAGACGUGUGUGUCAUCAGAACACUGCAGGGCCACGCCCCCUCUGCUGCAAAUGUUAUUUAUAUCAGUGAAUUAAUAAAAAAAUAAUCAUGAUUUGUUUAAAUGUGCAA